AUGUGUGUUUGCCUGCCUGACCCUGCAAGUUCCAUCUUCACUCAAAUGCACUGCUUUGAGGACCCAUCUAAACUAUUUCUUUUUAUGAUCUUCCUCAUCCUGUGGUUUAUUGUCUUAGUGUGUACCUCAGCUGAUGAAGACUGCCUCAUCAGAAGAAGUACCAGCACGCAGAGGGAUGGAGAUGUGGUAAUUGGUGGUUUCUUCUCCCUUUUUAACUAUCUCUACCUUACCAAUUUUGUUGACCUGAAGCCUAGCAAGGACUUCUACCUCCUUAAUCCAAUGAACACUAACUACCUUAAUGUGCUGGCCUUCAUUUUUGCCAUUGAAGAGAUUAACAGAAAUCUUCACCUUCUACCCAAUGUAUCCUUGGGAUAUGAGUUCUAUAAUUUUCUUCAUGGUCAUUGGUGGAUAAUGGAGAGCCCCCUCACUUUGCUCACAGGACAGAGUGAGAUUCCUAAUUAUACCUGUGGGAGAGGAAGCAAGGCCAUUGUUCUGCUUCUGGGAACACCAUGGGCAACAGCUGCCCAAAUUGGACCUCUGCUGGAGCUCUACAAGUUUCCACAGCUUACUUUUGGCUCUUUCAAUCCCAAUCUGAAAGACAGUGGCCAGUUUCCUUCUCUGUACCAGGUGGCCUCCAAGGACACAACUCUGGCCCUUGGCAUGGUCUCCUUGAUGCUUCAUUUCACCUGGACCUGGGUGGGACUGGUCAUCACAGAAGGUCAGAAAGGUCUUCAGUUUCUCUCAGAUGUGAGAGCAGAGAUGGGCAGGAACAGAAUCUGUGUAGCAUUUGUAAAAAUGAUUGAAGUUACUCUUCGUGCUUUUUUUGGAAACUUUCAAUACAAUUUCCAGACCAGAGAAAUAUCACCAGCAAAUGUAGCUAUUAUUUACUAUGAUAGUGAGAGUCUAAGUGAUGUAAACUUUCAUAUAGGGGGCUAUUUAGUGACAUGGAGAGUCUGGGUGACAAACUCACAAUGGCAUGCUGACAUGAUGGGGAGAAAUUUUAUACUUGACUCAUUCCACGGGACCCUCAUUUUUUCAAAUCACCAUGAGGAGAUUCCUGGUUUCAAAAAUUUUGUUCAAAGGGCUAAUCCUUCCAGAUACCCAGAAAAUAAUUUCCUUUCUCUGUAUUGGUUCAAGAAUUUCCAUUGCUCAUUAUCUGAUUCUGGCUGUUCAUUGAGGAGCUGUCCACCCAAUGCUUCUCUGGCUUGGCUGCCUGUGAAUCACUUUGACACAGCAAUGAGUGACGUGAGUUACAAUAUAUACAAUGCUGUGUACGCUGUGGCCCAUGCCUUCCAUGAGAUGAUUCUCCAUAUAGCACAAAUACAAUCAAUGAAUAAUGGAGAAGGAAUGGCAUUUUCUCACUGGCAGCUGCACCCCUUUCUGAAGAACAUUCACUUUAACAGUACUACUGGAGACCAAGUGAAUUUGGAUGACAAAAGAAAACUGGAAACAGAAUAUGACAUUUUAAACUUCCAGAAUUUUCCUGAAGGUCUUAGACUUAGGGUGAAAGUAGGAAAAUUUUCCCCACAUGCUUCGCAUGGUCAACGUUUGUCUGUAUCUGAUCAUUUGAUUGAAUGGGCCACAGAAGUUACAGAGAUUCCCCAAUCUGUAUGUAGUGAGAGCUGUGAUCCUGGAUUCAGAAAAGUCACCCAGGAAGGAAAAGCUGCCUGUUGUUUUGAUUGCAGCCCUUGUUCAGAGAAUGAGAUUGCCAACUUCACCGAUGCAGAACAGUGCAUAAAGUGUCCAGAUCAUCAGUAUGCGAACAGUCAGCGAAACAAUUGUGUCCAAAAAUCUAUCACAUUUAUGGAUUACAAAGACCUCUCAGGGAAGAUCCUGGCAGGCACAGCCUUGAGUUUUACUAUUCUAACAGCUGCAGUUCUUUCACUCUUUGUGAAGCACAGAGACACUCCUAUUGUCAAGGCAAAUAACCGAGCUCUCAGCUACACCCUGCUCGUCUCCCUCACCUUCUGCUCCCUCUGCCCCUUGCUCUUCAUUGGCCGUCCCAACACAGCCACCUGCAUCCUCCAGCAGACCACAUUCGCAGUUGUCUUCACUGUGGCUGUUUCCACUGUCUUGGCCAAAACCAUUACUGUUGUGCUAGCCUUUAAGGUCACUGCUCCAGGGAGAAAGAUGAGGCAGUUGCUGGUAUCAGGGGCACCAAACUACAUCAUCCCCAUUUGCUCCCUGAUCCAACUCACUCUCUGUGGAGUCUGGAUGGGGACAAAUCCACCAUUUGUGGACACAGAUGCACACUCUGAACAUGGCCACAUCAUCAUCAUGUGCAAUAAGGGCUCCCUCACUGCCUUCUACUGUGUCCUGGGAUACCUGGGCUUCCUGGCCCUGCUCAGCUUCACUGUGGCUUUCCUGGCCAGGAACCUGCCUGACACCUUCAAUGAAGCCAAGUUCCUGACGUUCAGCAUGCUGGUGUUCUGCAGUGUGUGGGUCACCUUCCUCCCUGUGUACCACAGCAGCAAGGGGAAGGUGAUGGUGGCCAUGGAGGUCUUCUCCAUCUUGGCUUCCAGUGCAGGGCUGCUGGGCUGCAUCUUUGUCCCUAAGUGUUAUAUUAUCUUGUUACAACCAGGAAGAAAUUCUUUGCAUGGAUUGAAAUAUACAAUGCAUUCCAGAAGAAAGAGGUCUUUCUAA